AUGGUUUCAGUCAACAACCUUACAGGUUCAACUCGUAUCUUACAAUUGAUCUUUGCAGCUGUUCAUUUAGCAUUGAAUGGUAAAUUAACCCAGAACAGCAACGGUAUCUCUGGUAUUGUUGAUAAUUUCAAUGACUUGAGCAAUUCAACCUUUUCAUUAGAAGGCGCUAAAACUUCACAUGGGUUAUCAUUAGCUUCUUCAGGGUUUACAUUGACUUCUCAACCAUUAUUAUCUUUAGUUAGACAUUUCACAACAAAUGUUGAACAUGGGGUUGAAGACUUACAAGCUUCGAGAUAUGGUAUUGGUGCUCGUCAAACUUCAUACUUAGCUGGUGUUUCAGGCUCAGAAUUAAGUUCAGUUGGUCUUUGGUUUGCAACUUUUAUUUAUCAAACUGCUAAAUAUGGAUCAUGGGAUUGUUCAGAUCCUUCAAGCUUAAUCAAUCAAUAUGAAUUAGCUAGUAAUACUACUGAUGCUGAUGAAGCAUUGAAAAACUUCCUUGGUGUUGAAGAUCCAUCAAAAUUAGUAGGUGAUGCUGGUGACUCAUUAGAUAAUGCAACUUCAAGUUCUGAAGUUAAUGGCUUAUUAGAACAAAUCUGGAACUUAACAUCAACUCCAGUUAGUCUAUCUAAAUUGAACAGUACAGGUCAAUUAACUCAAAAUCAAUUAUUAGUUAGAUUAAGUCAAGAUUGUUACAUCAAAAAAACAUCAAUUGGGUUCUCAUUCAUCACAUUUAUUUUCUUUUUAGUUUCAAGUGGUGCUGUUUCGUUCUCAUUCGUUCAAUUACUUCAAAAAUUAAAAGAAGGGUUACCAAGUGAAGGUGAUGAAGAAUCAGGUGCACCAGAUGAUGGAGAAGGUGAAACCCCAGAUCAAGGUGAUGGCGAAACUCCAGCAGAAGGUGAGACUCCAACUGAAGAUCAAGAAAAAUCAAAAGAAAAACCUGCAAAUAGCGCUUCUGGCCACAAGAAAUUUAAAUUAGGCUACAGUUAUGCUAAUCUUUUCCCAAAGGUUGAAUAUCAUGAUUAG